CACAUUAUUAUUAUUAAAAACUUGGAUAUUACACGCUGACAUGCUGUACGCCUGUACACUGUACAGUCUACAUAGUAUGUUAGUCGUUUCUCCGCUUUUAGUCGUCUCUCAUCUGCUCUGCUGAACGUGCGCCGAUCCUAUGCUUAUUGAAGCAGUACUCAGUUAAUCGUAUUGUCGGCGUCCAUUGAUUUAUUUUCAUUUAAAUCCGCGUGUGUAAAAACAACUAAAUAAACGACUAGGUAGAUUUUAAAUGCAAUUUAACUCCUUUUUGAUUUACUUUAACGUCAGUGACCGAUGCGUUUAAAUUUAAUGUCGGUUUAAGUGAAGUCAGUAUGUCACAGACGCAGUACUCUCGUGACACGGUCAUACACCUCGUAUCUGGAGGUUUGGCUGGUACGACUGGUGCUGUGGUUACAUGCCCAUUAGAAGUGGUCAAGACUCGAUUGCAAUCAUCUUCCAGCUUUGGCGCUACACGUUAUGAUUAUGUGCCUAGAAUUGCAUCUGAAGACAGUGGCGGUAGUCGCAUGACAUGUAAGACAAUCUCGUCGUUGCAGCGACGACGAUAUAACACCUUAAGCAGUGCUGGUGGCCGACACUCCAGCACACAAAUACUAACAUUUUCUCAAUGUGGUGUAGGCAGCCAGACAACUAAAUCAAUGGGGCUCUUGCAAUGUCUCAGGCACAUAGUAAAAACCGAAGGCCCCAAGGCUCUGUUCAAAGGACUGGUGCCCAACAUCGUGGGCGUCGCUCCGUCCAGAGCCAUAUAUUUCGGGGCCUAUGCACAAUCCAAAAAGUUUUUCAACACCGUACUUAACCCGGACACACCGAUGGUACAUGUAUUAUCGGCGUCUUUUGCAGGUUUUGCUUCAUGUUCAGCAACUAAUCCUAUUUGGCUGGUCAAAACUAGACUUCAGUUAGACUUGAACAAGAAUGGGAAAAGACUCACCGCCGGUCAAUGUAUCAGAAGGAUAUAUAGGACAGGGGGCAUAAAAGGUUUCUAUAAAGGUAUUACAGCUUCGUACUUUGGAAUAUCCGAAACUGUUGUGCACUUUGUCAUCUACGAAGCAAUCAAAGCGAGACUGAUAGCCGCCCGUGUUGGACUCAAUGAGUCUGAAGAAAAUACCAAAACCUCCAAAGAUUUCCUCGAAUUUAUGAUGGCUGGUGCCAUUUCUAAGACUGUUGCUUCGUCUAUCGCCUAUCCUCAUGAGGUCGCUAGGACCAGGCUCCGGGAAGAAGGUACCAAGUAUCGAAGCUUCUUCCAGACCUUGUUAACGGUUUACGGCGAGGAGGGCCCAAGGGGGCUAUACCGCGGUUUGACCACACAGCUGGUCAGACAAAUACCUAACACGGCCAUUAUGAUGGCAACAUAUGAGGCUGCUGUUUAUGUGAUGACCACGUAUUAUAGUCCUAACGAAGCUGUGUUCUAUGAGGACACCGAUGAUCGAUACGAGUGAUAAUAUAUAUUGCCAUUGUUAAUUAUAUGGUUGAAGAUCUCAACGUAUCGCAAUUUUAGUUAUGUUGACAUAGUCGCCUACUACCGAAAAUUUGCUCCAUUUACUAUUGAACAAUCUCUGCGCACAUAAGUCAUUGAAGAGCAUGAGCCACAUUUAUUUAUUACAUGAUAUAUUUAUUGUAUUCCAACAAUUUUUUCUCUUUCAUAAGCCUAUUUUCUCAUCACGUCCCUCUUAUAUUUGCCUUCCUAUUAAUUUUCUUUUUUUAUAUACUUAUAUUUACAAUUUAAUUAUAAUUUAUUUGUUAAGCAUUUGUUUUUUUAGUUUAUAAUUUAUAAGCUGUCUGUUAGACAAUUUAACCAUUAUUAUUAUUAUUUAUUGGCGUUAAUUCUAUUAAAAUUAAAGUCAUUAUUAUUAUACUUAGUUAAUAUUUAUAGAACUAGUUUCUCUACAUCUACAAGCGAGUUAAUCAAAGGUGAUCUUAAAAUAUAUACUUUUAAUAUUGUAUAUUGUAUUUCUACAAUAUUUUGAGUAGUAUGAUAUUAUACUAAACCAAAAUAAUUAUAAUUUGAAUUGUGCGAUUUGUAAGAUUUUUUUCGCACUUUAUGAUAGUAUAUUGUAUGUAAUACUCAAAAAUAAAGGUUCCAAUGUAAUGGGUGCAGAGUCUACUAAAAGUAAACAUAAAUAUUACUGUUUGGAGAUGUAGUAGUCAAGUAAGAAAUGCUGUAUCUUAUGUGCGUGUAAAACAUAGUCUUGUUUUUAGUAUAACAACUAUUAUUUAUGUUAUCAAAACAAAUAUAUUUGUUUUUAUUAUUGUA